AUGCCGCAGAAGCUGGGACUAUCUGACCUGGGUUGCAAGCUGCGCAGCGAGUGGAGCGAGGUGGACGAGGCGUCCUUCGCGCUGGGCAUGCUUUGGUACCUGAGGCCCAACAAAAACGUGCAGAAGCGCUACCUGCCGCACAAAACGCUGCACCAGCUGCAGUCUUAUUACUACAACGUGUGGAAGCUGCGCGGCACCCAGCUUGCUGACCUGUAUUAUGAGAUGGAGCCCUACCAGCGCAAGACGGCCACGGACCGCAAGCUAGAGCGCGCAGAGGCCGAGAGGCGGGCGGACGUGUACGAGGCGCGCGCCAACCAGCUGCUGCUGUCGGCGCAGCUUAAGCAAGAGUUGGAGGAGGUUGCCGCGACAAAGGCGGCCGCCGCCGCGGCCGCGGCCAAGGCGCCCCCCGUGCGAGAGGCGUCCCCGCAGCCGCGCGUGGCGGCGUCUGCGGCCGCGGCGGCGCCGAAGCAGCAGCAGCAGCAGCAGCAGCAGCGGUCGAAGCGGUCGACGCCGGCGGCGGCGGCGGCGCCGCGGCGGCCAGCGCCCGUUGCGGCGGCGCUGGCGGCGGCGGCCGCAGGCAACGGGCUGGGCGGCGCGGGGCGCGGCGGGCGCGGCAGCAGCGACGGCAGCGGACGCAGCAGCGCAGACGGCAGCGGCGGGCGCGGCAGCGCGGACGGCGGCGCUGGCGGCGGCGCCCUGGGCGUGGGCCCAGGGCUGGUGCCGGGGCGCACCGUCACAACAGCCGGCUGCGGCGCCGCGCCCGCAACUGCGCGCACGGUGACGAGCAACGAGGCCACAGCAGCCGCCCCCAGGACAGGCGGCGGCGGCGCCGGCGUCAUCCGCAUCCCCGCGGCGAUGCUUUUGCAGGUCGGUAACGGCGCCCGCGGCUCCCUCUUCGUCGCGCCUUCGGGCACAGGGGGCGGCAGCUUCCUCGUCGGCGCGCAGAAAGUCCUGCCCGGCAUCCCGCUGCUCGGCAACAGCAGCCCGCAGCGGCAGCAGCAUCCAGAAGGCGACCAGCAGCAGGCUGCCAGCCCCCCCGCGGUGGCUGCGCAGGGUGAGCAAGAGCAGGCCGUGCCGCCCGGCCAGGCGGCGGCGGCGACGCCCCUGGCCAAGCGGCCGAGCUACGGCCCUGUGCGCAUCACGUGGGGGCGGCGGCGCAGCAAGGCGCAGGAGGCGAAAAAGCCGCGCUCAAAGGGCCAACAGAAGGCUGCUGUGGCGCCGACGUCCGCGGAGCCCGCCACACCGAGCGGCGCCGUCGGCCCGACGGUGGUGGCCGGCGCGCCAAGCGCGACCUUGCAGCCGGCGGCCGCAGGUCCGGGGCCGGCGCCGCCGUCCGCCGCCCCGGCAGCAGCGACAGCGGCGGCGGCGGCCGCGGCUCGCACGGCGACAUCGCCCCGGCUGUCGGACCCGGUCGCCGCCGCCAUCGCCGCGCUGCAGCAGCGCGCGGCGGCGGGCGCACCGCUCUCCGUGGCAGCGGCCGCGGCGCGGGCGGGCAAGGAGCAGGCGGCACCGGCUGGGCCUGUGUCGGGGGAUAAGGGGGCGGGCACGGAUAAGGCUGAGGCUGCGGUCGAGCAGCAGGGGGAGGUGCCUGCACCGGCGCUCGCGGUGCGGCGGCCUCAGAAGGUCGCGCGUGUGCCCGAGGCUGGGAAAGGGCCGUCAUCCGCGCUGUCUGCGGCUGGGACGCAGGAGGAGCAGGGGCGGCAGCGGGAUGAGGGGCGGCAGCAGCAAACGCAGCAGCAAGAGCAGCAGCAGCAGCAGCAGCAGCAGCAGCAGCAGCAGCAGCAGCAGCAGCAGCAGCAGCAGCAGGUCCAGCGGCCUGGAAAGCAGCAGCAGCAAGAGCGGCAGCAGCAGCAGCAGCAGCAGCAGCAGCAGCAGCAGCGGACAAGGGAGGAGCAGCAGCAUCCGAAGCGCAAGGAAAAGCGGGGGGACAGUGCGGAGAGCGGGUACGCCAACGGCCCGCCCGGCGCAGGGCGCGCCGACCUGCUGGGCCUGCGCCGCUGGCUGGCGGCCGCGUGCCGCGACCCCCUGCGCGCCUCGUCCUUCGCGCUGCCGCAGCCGCACGCCUCGCGAGCUGGGCGCGCAGCCGACGCCCGCCUGGCCGCCAGCCCGGACGAGUGGCAGUUGCAGCUCGCUCGCGAUAAGGACGCCGCUGCAGCUGAGGUCGCGGCGGCUGCCGCCGCGGCGGAGUUCGCGGCGGCGAAACGGCUCGCGGGGAAGGUGCGGCGGCCGGUGGCGCCGAUGCGGCAGCAGCCAAAGCGCAGCCGGCCGCAGGGGUCCGGGUGA